AUGAGUCAACAACUACAACAAUCAAAUUCAACCGAUAACACUCAUCUCAAUCAAGGAAAACCAUAUAAAUUCUAUGGUACAGGAACAACCAAUCCAUGGAAGAUCAAAUUCCUGUUCGAUGAAUUGGGAAUCGAUUAUGUCUAUGAAGAUAUCGAUAUCUUCAAUGAGCACAGUGAAAAGAGAAAAGAAUUUAUCAAGCUGUUCCCAAAUGGAAAAGUACCAGCAAUAAUUGAUUACACUGUCAAUCCACCAUUGAAGAUCUUUGAAUCCGGUGCAAUUCUCAUCUAUUUGGCACAGAAACAUGGAAAAGGAAAGUUCAUUCCAGAUCUCAACACAGAUCCACACUCAUAUGCCGAUGUACUCCAGUGGUUGGCUUGGCAAAUCUCUGGAUUGGGACCAAUGAAUGGUCAAUAUACAUAUUUCUCUUGUUUUGCACCAGAAGCCGUUCCAAUUGCUGAAGAGAGAUACCUCAAGGAAACCGAUCGUCUUUACACAGUUCUCGAUAAACAAUUGGAAGGUAAAGAAUGGAUUGCAGCCAAUCAAUAUUCGAUUGUCGACAUGGCAGUCUAUUCAUGGGCAGUCUAUAUUCGUGAAGGAUUUCUUCCAAAUUAUCAGAAAUACAAGAAUGUUAUGGCUUGGUUGGACAGAAUGAAUCAAAGACCUGCUGUUGCCAAACAUCUUCCAACUAUUCUUGCACCACUGAAAGAGGAAAUCGAGCAUCUCACUCAUGCUGGAACCUAUAGAAUUAAAUUCGAUUAA